CGCCUCUGGAAUAAUCAUGAGCCUUUAUGCGAUUGUUAUUCCAUACUUGGGGUCGACUGGCAGGGUGUUGAUGGUGCUCCAGAAUUGCAUAACCGCGCCGUUCGUAAGCCUUUCAAUGCUAGGUCUGGCGUUUCCCUGUGUUGACACCAAGGCGGCUGUAAUAGCUGCUACCAUCGGAUGUAUCUGGCAAUGCGGAUACACCGUAGUCAACAUGAUGUACGGUGCCGGCCCUCCAAGAAUGGCGGCUUCGUUGGAUGGCUGUGAUGCGGAGGAGUUUGCCGUCUCGCUGACGCACAGCAACGUAUCUACGCCAUACGCCCAAGUACGGAACGAAGCGGCUGUGGUAAUGAUUUCUACUUACUGGAACAACCUCUUGUGCACGACGGUGACAAUUUUUAUAGGACUGCUUCUUAGCAUAAUUACGGAUGGCCACAAGCAGUACAAGAAAAACUUGCACCUCACAAGCGCCUGGUUCCUGGAAAAAUGGGUGAUUCACGGAUUCAUUCCCCGAAGCGAAAUUAUUGAGCUGAGUGAAGUGAAGGAGGAAGCGCUACUGCAACAUGGUGCGGAAAAAUACAGUGAUAUCCAAGAAGGCAAUAUGUGAGCUUCUGGGAAAGCUGAUCGAAUAUGGAUAAUAUUUUUGUUGACUGUUUUGAAAAUACAUAUUAUUCCAACGUAAAA